AUGGGUAACGAUCAGUCCCGCACCCGAGACAAUAAGGAAGAGAUAGAAGGCCCUGCCGACUACUACGAGAUCCUCCAAGUCGACAUAGAGGCCACCGCCGAGGAGAUCAAAAAAUCGUACCGCAAGCUUGCUCUAAUCAAUCACCCGGACAAGAACCACCACCGUGCGGAGGAGGCGACUAAGAUCUUCGCAGACCUGCAACAGGCAUAUGAAGUCCUAUCUGACCCUAAUGAACGAGCGUUCUACGACCGCCAUCGUAACGAUCAUAUUGAGACUAACGACGACGACUUCUACGACCAUGUCCGUGCGGGCGACUCGGGAGUCGCGGACCCCAAAUCCAAGUUCAAUAGGCGGAAGCGCGGGGAUCCCGGUGUCAAGAUCGACCAGCUGAUGCGAUUCUUUGACCCCAAGCUGGCGCGUAAGAUGGACGACAGUGCAGAGGGCUUCUACUCCGUGUAUAGGACACUGUUCAACGUCCUUGCCUCAGACGAGGUGCUGCACACUCCCGAGGGAGGUGUGCCAGUGCAUUACCCUUCCUUCGGUGAUUCCACUACGCCUUAUGCCCCACAACCCGGCCUUACCAAGGCGGAGAAGGCGCAGUCGGACUGGGCACGUGACUUCUACACCGCAUGGGGCGAGUUCACGACUGAGAAGCGCUUCGAAUGGGUAGAAAAGUGGGACACGCAUCGCGCCGAGACGCGCGAGAUCCGCCGCCUUAUGGAGAAGGAGAACAAGAAGGUCCGCGAGGACCACCGCAAGGAGUACAUCGACACUGUUCGGACACUCGUCUCGUUCAUCCAGCACCGCGACCCACGAUACAAGGCUUACCAGGCUGAGGUGAAGAAGAAGAAGCCUGUUGGCUCAGGAACUUCCACGCCGCGACGCGCGCCUCGUGUCGACGCCGAAGCGGCCAAGCGGCGUGAGGAGGAGCGUAUGCGCGCGGCCGAGGCGUUCCAAGAACAGGAAUGGCAGAAGGUCAAUGUUGCAUCGGAUGAGGAGGAUGAGAUAGACGAGUAUGCCCAAGAGGGCGAUGGGACGGGCAUCCGGAUGGAUGAUGGGGAGGGCGGUGAGAUUUUCGAGUGCGUCGCGUGCAACAAGACGUUCCAGAGCGAGGCGAGCUGGUCGAAUCAUGAGCGUAGCAAGAAGCACAAGCAGUCGGUGUGGCGCAUGGCCAAGGAAAUGCGCGCGGAGAACGCGGGCUUUGACGAGGACGACUUUGCCACGCCCUUGGAAACGCCUGCGGAGGAGUUCGGAGAGGCCGAGCUCGAUGACCAGGAACUGAUGCUCGAGUUGCUGCAGCUGGAGGAGCUUGACUUGUUGGAGGCUGAAGAGAAGUCGAAAUUAUCUGCCAUGAAGGAGGCAAAGGCGCGGAAAGAGAAGGCGAACCUUAAAGACGGGUUGCUCUCCGAGUCUGAAUCCAAGCAUGAGCCUGAGCCUGAACCAGAGGUGGCACCUGUGCCACGUAAGACGAAGAAGGAGCCCUCCAGGAAAUCAACACCCGUCAUCGACGACGAAUCGGACGCGCCCUCCACCGCGGAGCCUCAGAUGUCGAAGCGCGAUAAGAGGCGGCUGCGCGAGGCGCGCAAGAAGGAGGAAGCCGAAGUCGCCAAGGAGAUGUUCAAGGAGAAGCGGAAGGAGGCGAAGAAGGCCGUCAAGGCUGGCCUCGUUCCGCCACCCCUGACGACGAAGGAACGCGAGAUGGAGCGCACAGAGAAGCAGUUCGUGCAGCCGAAGCGGAAGGGAAAGAAGAAUCAGAAGGAUGAGAAGGUCACCGUCAUCACGGACGAGGACGUCGAGCGUGCUGUGGCCGAUGUGCAGAGCAUGCGUGAGAAGCUGGUUGAGAAGUGGGCCGAAGAGUGGAGUGCCUUAAUCGAGCGCCUCAGGCCUCUGUUAUUCGAUAGCGCGGAGAAGGAGCUCGGGAUCCUCUGCCUCGGCCUCGGGAGACCGUACGGCGACCGCACGGCCAAGAUUCAGCUCGCGCUGGCUCUCGAACUUGCAUCGGCCCUUGGCGCACUGCCAUCUUCCAUCUCGGCUUUCGACCCUGUCUUCGACGAGGGUGACACGCGUGUCCUCACGUCCCUCUCCGUCACCAUCAUCACCGACAACCUGCGUGGCGAGCAUGAGCUCACUGACAAGCCGACGCUGGUGUACAUGCCACACUGCAGCAAGGCGCUUUACGAGUCCUUCCUGGCCAAGAAUUACUCCACGCGCCUCACCUCGGGAAUUGUUCUCCUGGGUAACGACUUGGGAGAGUAUCUCCCCGGCUUCGUGCGUGAAACUCCGGGACAGGAGAAGGAGGAGGACGAGUUCCAGAAGCCCAAGAAGAAGCGCAAGGGCCGCGCCGCGCCUCGGACAUACGAGGACAGCGUGCUGCGCCGUCUGGUGCCGCACUUCGAGAUUGCUCCCCUCUCCGACUUGCCAGAGACGAACUUGCCCGGCUUUGCGCGCGCGUUCCUUAGUCUCGCGUUCCAGUGGCUGCCUGCGGAGAAUGCGGAGAAGGUGGAUUGGGAGACCCCGCUGCCAGCUGUGCAGUGGCCCGAGGAUGGGGAGGUGGUCUAG